AGAGUCUGGAGAGCCACUGACCCAGACAUCCGACCGUAACCGAGGCAGCGACACGCUCGACCACGAGAGGAGGCCGGGACCCCGAGAGGACAGGAGGGCAGAGGUUCAUAAAAUAAAUCGCACGAAGAAGAAGAAGGGCAGUGACGGGACCAGAGAGAAAUACAUCCAACACCUCCAGCUUCCUCUGGAUCUCCUUGAGGCGACCGCCCUGUGGACUCCCCGGGGGGGGCCACCCUCACGCCCCCUCCCCGUGAACCCCAGGGGCCAAGCGAGGACGAGUGAGGACGAGGAGAAGGACCCUCGCACAAUGUGCUGAGAGAUCACUACACUGCAGAUACUCGUGAGGGACAUGGAGGCGUGGCUUCGCGUCACGUCCGUCUUCGUCUCUGAAUCCCUGCCAUAGGACACACACUCGGUGGCGUCUGAUGUCCUGGACUCACCCCGCAGCUGAACCAUGGUCAUUCUGCAGCAGGGGGACUAUGUCUGGUUGGACCUUAAAACUGGCCGGGAGUUCGAUGUCCCCGUGGGAGCCGUGGUCAAACUGUGCGACUCGGGACAGAUCCAGGUCCUGGACGAUGAAGGGCGGGAACACUGGAUCUCCCCCCAGAACGCCACCAACAUCAAGCCCAUGCACCCGACCUCCAUCCACGGCGUGGAGGACAUGAUCCGCCUGGGCGACCUCAACGAGGCCGGCAUCCUCCGCAACCUGCUCAUCCGCUACAACGAGCACGUCAUCUACACGUACACAGGCUCCAUCCUGGUGGCGGUCAACCCGUACCAGCUGCUGCCCAUCUACACUCCGGACCAGAUCCGCCUCUACACCAACAAGAAGAUCGGCGAGCUGCCGCCGCACAUAUUCGCCAUCGCAGACAACUGCUACUUCAACAUGCAGCGCAACAACAAGGACCAGUGCUGCAUCAUCAGCGGGGAGUCCGGAGCUGGGAAGACGGAGAGCACGAAGCUGAUCCUGCAGUUCCUCGCGGCCAUCAGCGGUCAACACUCCUGGAUCGAGCAGCAGGUCCUGGAGGCCACGCCCAUCCUCGAAGCCUUCGGCAACGCCAAGACGAUCCGUAACGACAACUCCAGUCGCUUUGGGAAGUACAUCGACAUCCACUUCACCAAGCGAGGGGCCAUCGAAGGAGCCAAGAUAGAGCAGUACCUGCUGGAGAAGUCUCGCGUGUGUCGGCAGGCUCCAGAUGAGAGGAACUACCAUAUCUUCUACUGUAUGUUGAGGGGGAUGCCUCCAGAGAUGAAGGCUAAACUGGGCCUGGGCCUCGCCACAGACUACUGCUACCUCACCAUGGGUAACUGCACAAGGUGCGACGGCCGCGACGACCUGAGGGAUUACUCCAGCAUCCUGUCGGCCAUGAAGGUCCUCAUGUUCACCGAGACGGAGAACUGGGAGAUUUCCAAGCUGCUGGCGGCGAUCCUGCACAUGGGGAACCUGCGAUUCGAGGCUCGUACAUAUGACAACCUGGACGCCUGUGUGGUUGUGAGAUCCCCCGACCUGGUCACUGCUGCCUCACUCAUGGAGGUGGAUCCGAAGGAUGUGAUGGUGUGUCUGACCACGCGGACCCUGAUCACUCGUGGUGAGAGUGUGGCCACGCCCCUCAGUGUGGAACAAGGCCUGGAUGUCAGGAAUGCCUUUGUUAAGGGGAUCUACGGCAGACUGUUUGUCUGGAUCGUGGAUAAGAUCAAUGCUGCCAUAUACAGGCCGCCGUCCUGCGAGAGUAACCUCGUGCGCAGAUCCAUCGGGCUGCUGGACAUCUUUGGCUUCGAGAACUUUAUCGUCAACAGCUUCGAGCAGCUCUGCAUUAACUUUGCCAACGAGAACCUGCAGCAGUUCUUUGUGCGUCACGUCUUCAAACUGGAGCAGGAGGAGUACAACCUGGAGGACAUCAGCUGGCAGCACAUCGAGUUCACGGACAACCAGGACGCGCUGGACAUGAUCGCCAACAAGCCCAUGAACAUCAUCUCCCUCAUCGACGAGGAGAGCAAGUUCCCCAAGGGAACUGAUGCGACGAUGCUCUACAAGCUCAACUCGCAGCACAAGCUCAACGCCAACUACGUCCCUCCCAAAAACAGCUACGCAACCCAGUUUGGCAUCCAGCACUUUGCUGGCGUGGUGCAUUACGAGACCAGAGGAUUCCUGGAGAAAAACCGCGACAGCCUCCACACCGACAUCAUCCAGCUCGUCCACUCGUCCAAGAACAAGUUCAUCAAGCAGAUCUUCCAGGCGGACGUGGCCAUGUUUCUGUGUGGCUAUCAGCAGCCCAGCACCCCUGCUCCCAAGGGUGUGGAGACGAGGAAGCGCUCCCCCACACUGAGCAGUCAGUUCAAGCGUUCGCUGGAGAUGCUGAUGAGGACGCUCAGCGUGUGUCAGCCGUUCUUCGUCCGCUGCAUCAAACCCAACGAGCUCAAGAAACCCAUGUUGUUUGACAGGGAGCUUUGUAUCCGUCAGCUUCGUUACUCCGGCAUGAUGGAGACCAUCCGGAUCCGACGGGCCGGUUACCCCAUCAGAUACACCUUCGCUGAGUUCGUGGACCGUUACCGAGUCCUCAUGCCGGGGGUCAAACCUGCUCACAUACAGGAGGAUGUACGUGGGACCUCCCAGCAGAUAGUCCUCGCCCAGCUGGGGAAACAUGACGACUGGCAAAUCGGAAAGACCAAGAUUUUCCUGAAGGACCACCACGACAUGCAGCUGGAGGUGGAGAGGGACAAGGCCAUUACGGACAGGGUCAUCCUCAUCCAGAAGGCUGUGCGAGGACUCAAGGAGAGGUCAGGAACUUUCUCAACUAUAGCGGACCUGUACUGUCCAUCACUCACUGACAAUAACACAGAACGUGGGAUUCAGGAUGUCCUUCGUUUGAAAUCUAAACUCUGUCGACACAGGACCAACUUUCUGCGACUGAGGAGUGCCGUGACCUUCAUCCAAGCGGUCUGGCGUGGUCGUCGGUGCAGGAAGGAUUACCAGAUUAUGCAGUCGGGCUUCCUGCGCCUGCAGGCCGUCUACAGGUCGAGGAAGCACUACAGACGCUACCAGACGACGCGCCUGCGCGUCACCCUCAUCCAGGCCCGUUGCCGCGGUUUCCUCAUCCGGCAGACGUUCUGGCGCCGCCUCCGCGCCGUGUUGACCAUCCAGGCCCACACCAGGGGCAUGAUCGCCAGACGCCUCUGCCAGAGGCUCAGGGCAGAGCUGCGCCGCCGCCUGGACGCCGAGCGCCAGUGCCGGGCCGAGGAGGAGCAGCUGCGGAACCAGAUGACGGCCCGACGGGCCAAGGUGGAGGCCGAGAGGAAGCACCAGGAGCGCCUGGUCCAGCUGGUGCAGCGGCAGGAGGAGCGGCAGCGGGAGGAGAAGGAGGAGGCGAGGAGGAAGAAGGAGCUGCUGGAGCAGAUGGAGAGGGAGAAGGAGCAGCCCGUCGACCACUCCGACAUGGUCGACCGCGUGUUCGGUUUCCUGGGGAACUCGGGGCCGUUGCCCAACCAGGACGGACGAGCACCGUCCGGGUUUGAAGACCUGGAGAACGUUCCUCGGGGCGAGGAAGCCGAGAUGGAGGAGGAUGAGGUGCUGAACGAAGCUCCGCCGCUGCCGGACGAGGAGGACGAGGAUUUGUCCGAGUACACGUUCUCCAAGUUUGCGGCCACGUACUUCCAGGGUCUGUCCACUCACACCUACAUCAGGCGGCCGCUGAAACAGCCUCUGCUCUUCCACGAGGACGAAGGAGAUCAGCUGGCGGCGCUGGCCGUGUGGAUCACCGUGCUGAGGUUCAUGGGCGACCUCCCCGAGCCCAAGUGCCAGCUGGUCAUCAACGACGGCAGCGAGAAGAUUCCCGUCAUGACCAAGAUCUACGAGACGCUCGGCAAGAGGACGUACAAGAGGGAGCUGCAGGAGCUGCAGGUGGAAGAGGAGAACAGCUCCAUCGACGGCCAGAAGAGGAACAGUGUCCGACACAAGCUGGUGUCUCUCACGCUGAAGAGGAAAUCCAAGAUCACUGAGGAGGUCACCAGGCGGCUGACGGAGGUCGACUACGGCCUCCAGGGGAACAGCAUGCUGGAGGACCGGCCCACCUCCAACCUGGAGAAACUUCACUUCAUCAUCGGCAACGGCAUCUUACGGCCGGCGCUCAGGGACGAGAUCUACUGUCAGAUCUGCAAACAGCUCACCCAGAACCCGUCCAAGAGCAGCCACGCCCGCGGAUGGAUCCUGCUGUCGCUCUGCGUCGGCUGCUUCGCCCCGUCAGAGAAGUUCGUCAAAUAUCUACGGACGUUCCUGAACAACGGUCCGCCCGGUUACGCUCCGUAUUGCGAGGAGAGGUUGCGGAGGACGUUUGCCAAUCGCACGCGGACGCAGCCGCCGUCGUGGUUGGAGCUGCAGGCGACUAAAUCUAAGAAACCCAUCAUGCUUCCCGUCACGUUCAUGGACGGCACCACCAAGACGCUGCUCGCCGACUCGGCCACGACCGCCAGCGAACUCUGCAACGCUCUGGCCGACAAGAUCACGCUGAGGGAUCGAUUCGGCUUCUCGCUGUACAUCGCCCUGUUCGACAAGGUGUCGUCGCUGGGCAGCGGCAGCGACCACGUCAUGGACGCCGUCUCGCAGUGCGAGCAGUACGCCAAGGAGCAGGGCGCCCAGGAGAGGAACGCCCCCUGGAGGCUGUUCUUCAGGAAGGAGAUCUUCGCACCGUGGCACGACCCGGCCGACGACUACGCCGCCACGAACCUCGUGUACCAGCAGAUCGUGCGAGGCGUGAAGUUCGGGGAGUAUCGCUGCGAGAGGGAGGAGGACUUGGCCGAGUUGGCCUCGCAGCAGUACUACGUGGACUACGGCUCCGAGAUCCUCCAGGAUCGUCUGCUCAGCCUCGUCCCGUCCUACAUCCCCGACAGAGAGGUCACCUCCACCAAGACGACGGAGAAGUGGGCUCAGCUCAUAAUCCAGGCCCACAAGAAGGGAGUUCACACCAAGAGGAGGCUGAACAAGCAGAAGGUGAAGGAGGACGUGGUGGAUUUCGCUCGUCUGAAGUGGCCUCUGCUCUUCUCUCGCUUCUACGAGGCCUUUAAAUUCUCAGGACCCAGUCUGCCCAAGAACGACGUGAUCGUGGCGGUGAACUGGACCGGCGUCUACUUUGUGGACGAGCAGGAGCAGGUGCUCUUGGAACUCUCCUUCCCAGAGAUCACCGCUGUGUCCAGCAGCAGAGGGGGGAAGCUCCAGGGCCAGAGUUUCACCUUGGCCACCAUGAAAGGAGACGAGUACACGUUCACGUCCAACAACGCCGAGGACAUCCGGGACCUGGUGGCGUCCUUCCUCGACGGCCUGAGGAAGAGGUCCAAGUACGUGGUGGGGCUGCUGGACUGUCCCAACCCUGCGGGCGCCGACUCCACCUUCCUGAGUUUCUCCAAGGGCGACCUCAUCAUCCUGGACGAGCACGACGGCGAGCAGGUGAUGAACUCCGGCUGGGCGCACGGCGUCAACGACAGGACCAAGCAGCGGGGAGACUUCCCCGCCGACUGCGUCUACGUGCUGCCCACCAUCACCAGGCCGCAGUACGACAUCGUGGCUCUGGUGACCAUGACUCCAAGUCAGAGGCGAAAAUCCGUCAGUUCGUCCCAGAUGAACCUCUCGGACAAGGAGGACAAAACCAAAGCCUACACGCUGGAGGAGUUCUCCUACGACUACUUCAGGCCUCCUCCGAAGAGCACUCUGAGCAGGGUGAUGAUCCCGAAGACCCGGGGGAAGGACCGUCUGUGGAGCUGCAGCCGGGAGCCGCUCAAACAGCCGCUGCUGAAGAAAGUGUUGGCUCACGACGAGCUCGCCCAGGAGGCCUGCCUCGCCUUCAUCGCUGUGAUGAAGUACGCGGGCGACUACCCGUCCAAGCGCGUUCGCUUCGUCAACGAGCUCACGGACCAGAUCUUCGAGGGAGCGCUGAAGGCCGAGCCGCUCAAAGACGAGAUCUUCUGUCAGAUCCUCAAACAGCUCACGGACAAUCACAUCAAGUACAGUGAGGAGAAGGGCUGGGAGCUGCUGUGGCUCUGCACUGGUUUGUUUCCUCCCAGUAACGUCCUGCUGCCUCACGUCCAGAAGUUCCUCCAGGCCAAGAAACACUGUCCGCUGGCUCCUGACUGUAUGCAGCGGCUGCAGAAAGCGUUACGAAACGGCUCGAGGAAGUAUCCCCCUCACCUGGUGGAGGUGGAGGCCAUCCAGCACAAAACCACUCAGAUCUUCCACAAAGUUUAUUUCCCGGACGACUCGGACGAGGUGUUCGAGGUGGAGUCGAGCACCAAAGCCAAAGAUUUCUGCCACAACAUCUCCGGACGUCUGAUGCUCAAAUCCUCCGAGGGCUUCAGUCUGUUCGUCAAGAUCACGGACAAGGUCAUCAGCGUCCCCGACGGCGACUUCUUCUUCGACUUCGUGAGGCACCUGACCGACUGGAUCAAGAAAGCUCGACACGUAAAAGACGGUCCUGUGCCUUCGCUGACCUAUCAGGUGUUCUUCAUGAAGAAGCUGUGGACCAAUACCGUGCCGGGGAAAGACUCCAUGGCCGACUCCAUCUUCCACUACUACCAGGAGCUGCCCAAGUACCUGCGAGGCUACCACAAGUGUUCGAGGGACGAGGUUCACCAGCUGGCGGCGCUGAUCUACAGGGCCAAGUUUGACGAGGACAAAUCCCACUUCCACAAUAUUCCCAAGAUCCUCAAGGACCUGGUCCCGCAGGACCAGAUCCGACACGUGUCCCCCGACGACUGGAAGCGGUCCAUCCUGUCGCUGUUCAACAAGCACUCGGGGAAAAGUCCGGAAGAAGCCAAACUCUCCCUCCUCAAAGUCAUCUACAAGUGGCCCACGUUCGGCUCCGCCUUCUUCGAAGUGAAGCAAACCACUGAUCCCAAUUAUCCGGAGACGCUGCUGAUCGCGAUCAACAAACACGGAGUCAGUCUGAUCGAUCCCAAGUCGAAGGAGAUCCUCACCACUCACCCCUUCACCAAGAUCUCCAACUGGAGCAGCGGCAACUCGUAUUUCCACAUCACCAUAGGAAACCUGGUCCGAGGAAGUAAACUGCUGUGUGAAACCUCCCUGGGCUACAAAAUGGACGACCUCCUGACCUCUUACAUCAGCCAGAUGCUGACGACCAUGACUAAACAGAGAACGUCCCGGGGCAACAGCAAGUGAGCCGACGACCCUGGAAACACACGUCGAUCACGGUCAAUCAGUCCUGCACACACACACACACACACACACACUCACACACACACACACACACACACACUCACACACACACUCUCACACACACAUACUCACACACACACUCUCACACACA